AUGGAAGACACGGACAGCAGCUCGGAGGUCUCUGUGGGCUCCUCGCCUUCAAAUGCCCGCAGCAGCAGCAGCAGCAGCAGCAGGCGGAACAGCAGCCACAGCAACAGCAGCGGCAACAGCAACAGCAACAACAGCAGCAGCAGCAGCAAGCGCACCUUGGGCAUGGUCUUGACGGGCACGCUGGAAGCAGCAGCAGCAGCCCUAGAAAGGGAACCAGCAGCAGCAGCAGCAGCAGCAGCAGCAGAGAAAGUCCCCCAAUAUGAAACCCCAGGGGAUUUAUCAAAUUUGACGGAGCAGCAAAUUGCCAUGCUGACAAAUUUGUCCCAAAGACAAACCCUUGAAGUAAUAAAUGGCCUAAUUGGGGGCGGCGCUCUUGACGCCGUUUUGGCUGAAGCGGCUCCUGAAGUUGCUGCGAGGGUUCAGCAAGCAGCAGCAGAACAAGCAGCAGCGGACGGCUGCGAGGCUGAUGCUGCAGCAGACGCAGCAGCAGCAGCAGCUGCUGCUGCAGCAGCAGCAGCAGAUGGGGCAGCAGUAAACCCCGAGUAUUAUGUUGACGUUGCAAAGUUUGUUCCUCUCAGGCUCACUUAUGAAGAGCGGCGCUUCCUGCGGCUGCUGGAGGCUGCGUUGGAGGUAUCUGAGUACACUUCUCGCGUGGACAUUUUGGCUUCCAACAGAGCACGAAAAAUCGUGCAGGAAAUUCGCAGCCUCUGCGCAGUGCUGACUGGCUUGCUGGUGGCCAACGACUUCGAGGCGGGGGAGCGUUUGCUGCAGCAAAUGGACUUCGAGCAGCAGUCUUGUUUCUUUCGGGCGGUUUUCGAAAUUGGCAGAAGAUACAAAACCCUAAACCCUGAAAGGAUGCAUUCCACUUAUGGCAAAUUAAUUUAUUUGUUGAUGGACAGUUCUAAACCCGAGAUCCAGCAGCUCCUCAACUUCAGCCUCGUCGCCCCAGUGCAUACGGUUUACUCUCUUCUUGCUUCAAAGAAAAACGGCCUCGCUCUUCUAAAGGACCCCCUUGUGAAGGUUGCCACUCGAGAAAUAAUGGCAGAGGGAAAAAGCCGCGCCCAAGUUGAUCAAGAAAUAAAAGAAAAAGAAGCAGCAAGGAAAACCCUCAUUGCAAAAUACGCAGCAAAUCAAAACCACAAAAAUAAAGCCCUCUUUGGACUCCGGUUCAACCUGUUCGGCCGCAGCAACAGCAGCAGCAACAGCAGCAGCAGCAGCAGCAGCAGCGAGGGAGCAGCAGCAGAAGAUUUGUUGAGUCCAGAAGAUAUUGAAAUUUCUCUUUUUUCUUUAUCCGACAGAAAUUGUUUUUUGAGAUAUAAUAGAGACCCUUGCAUGCGCAUGAUUGGGUAUUUGCGGAAGUACUUCCGGCCGGACUCUGCAGACGAAGAAUUCUCUUUGGCGGUUUGCUGCGGGCGGGGCGGCGCGCGGCUUUCGCACAGCCACAGCCGGCAGUAUUUGUUUGUGCUGCAGUCUUUGACUCUUUGGCAAGAAAUUUUAAAAGAUUUAUUUUUGCUUUGGAGCCUUGCAGAAGCAGAUUUGCUGCAGGAGACAAAUUACUACAGACUGAGAGACACGGGGCAGGGGCUGAACAGGGUGCAAGAGGCCCCGCGUGUCGCGCGGGCUAUUCGAAUUAUUGUUGAAAGAGUUCAAAGACAAACCACAAACUGGAUUGGAUCUUCUGUCAUUCAUUUGGGAGACAGCAACGUCCCCAACGCCCUCAUGUUCAUCGACAAAUACACCCAGGUCCCCCGCAUUUUGGGGCCCCUUGUGCUUUGCCUGGAUCGGCUGCCAGAGUUAAAUGCGCAGCCCUCAGUGCGGCUUUAUUUCGAAAAUGAAUUUGGAGGUUUAGACAGACUCAGGAAGUUGAUUUUGUGCGAUUUCUUUCGCCACGCAUUUAAUGGCUCGGGAGCUGGGGUUGAGGCUGCAGGCCCUCGCAGGGCCUAG